AUGUCGUUAACCCAAAUAAAGGACACCAGUUUUCUGGGAGGUAGAAUACCAGCUGAAAUCGAGUCGAUGUCAAAAAACUUGAAGGAAGUGGAGCAAGAGCUAUUUAGAAAGUUACUAAAAGCGGUAGUGAAUGCCUUGGAAGGAAAGGACUGCAGAGACACGAUGAAGACAAUCGCAGAGAACAGUGUCAUUCCACAAGAGAAGCUCAGUCACAUUGUAGCUGGGAUGUACAGAUUGUUGUCAGAGGCUGUUCGUAUACCGCAGACAUUACUUAAACAGGAGGCUUUUAAAGAAGAUCUUCGAGAACUGAGGAUACCAGAAGACUUCAUCACAGAUUUCUGCAGUGUGGUCUUUGGGAAUCGUCGUGCAGCUCUAGAAGCCGCAACUUCUCAGAGGGAUCCUCACCUACCUACAUUGGAUGAAUUUAAAUGGAGAGUAGAUGUCGCCAUUUCUACAAGCUCUUUGGCCAGAGCACUGCAGCCUUCUGUCUUGAUGAACAUGAAGCUGUCAAAUGGAAGUGUACACCAAUUUGAGGUGCCAACAUCCAAAUUCCACGAGCUGCGCUACAAUGUUGCUCUUAUCCUCAAAGAGAUGAAUGAUUUGGAGAAGAGGAGCAUUCUCAGGAUUCAAGACUGA